UAUCACCUUCAACUCGCUGUCCUCACCGAAAUCGUGAAUCAUAUUUGAGUUAUUAUAUUCGAACAUUUUCUUGAGACUUAAAUCUUAAGCUUAAAUACUUGCCUGGCAAAGACGAACAGGUAAUAAACAUGUCGAUUGUUAAUGUAUUAUAUAAAACUGUUUUGAAGAGGCCGUCUCGCUUCUUUGUUGUGGUUGCUGUUACAUCUCUGUUUUUUGAAAGAACAGUUGAUAUCGGCAUUGAAAGCUUGUAUGAUAGAAUAAAUCGUGGAAAACAAUGGAAAGAUAUUAGCAGUAAAUAUGAAUAAAGAAAUCACGAAAAUUUAUGAUUAUAGUUACAUAGAUCCAAUAUCAAUAUUAUACUUUAAAAUUGUACAAUUUAA